ACAGACAGCAAAUCUGACAACCUGUCAACAGAGUUCUUUGUGGUGGGCGGGGAUUCCGCUGCGCUGCGAAGACACCGGAAGAGAGUGCACCGUCCGCCACCGCUGCCCCUUGUUAGGAUAGCGGAUUUAUGUUGGCGCGGUAGACUGUAAUUUAAUUCUCCAACCACAGGAUUCUACUUAAGGUGGAAAUAUCAAUUCUAUUGCAUAAUGUUGUCUUUGGACUUUCUUGAUGAUGUUCGGCGUAUGAAUAAGCGGCAGCUGUACUACCAGGUGUUGAAUUUUGGUAUGAUAGUUUCCUCCGCCUUGAUGAUAUGGAAAGGUCUUAUGGUCGUGACGGGCAGUGAAAGCCCCAUCGUCGUGGUGCUCAGUGGUAGCAUGGAGCCUGCAUUCCACCGUGGAGACCUCUUGUUCCUAACGAACAGAGUGGAGGACCCCAUAAGAGUAGGCGAGAUUGUGGUCUUCAGGAUUGAAGGCAGAGAGAUUCCAAUUGUGCACAGAGUACUGAAAAUCCACGAGAAGGAGAAUGGAGACAUCAAGUUCCUGACGAAGGGAGACAACAAUGCUGUGGAUGACCGGGGGCUUUACAAGCAGGGCCAACACUGGCUGGAGAAGAAGGAUGUUGUGGGCAGAGCCAGAGGGUUUGUGCCAUACAUUGGGAUUGUGACCAUUUUGAUGAACGAUUAUCCUAAAUUUAAGUAUGCGGUGCUGUGUAUGCUGGGUCUGUUUGUGUUGGUCCACCGGGAGUGAGACACGCCAUCCUGUCAACAUUCACCUCAACACGCCUCUACUACUGUACACAUCAAGCCAUCUACGUCUCUCAAUGGUGUAUUUAAUUAGCUCUGGUCAUCAAUUAAUGCACUUGUUACAUGGUUAUACACAAGAUGGAGUUUUCUACCACGCAUAGCAGUAUACAAAUCACACGCUGUGAAAGAAUGAAAGAUGACAAAACCUCCCCUCCAAAACAUGUUUUUUUUAAAUGUUGCAAAUGUUUUCUUUUCUUUUCCUUUUUUUGUUUUUGUUUUUGUUUUGUGUCUACUGCCACAUGUGUAUCUGACCAUUGCCCAACCUCUUUCAUAAUGAAGAAUUUUGUAUGAAUUAUAAAUAAAAAUGUGGAUGGAGCCAGA